AUGCAUAAAGUAUUCACUGAUUUCGUUGAUAUCGCAGCAGGAUUCUUGCAACAUUCACCACACGUAACAAUGGAUCUCGCUGAGGAUUUCAACGAAAUUGACGACGAUAUUAUAUUUUAUGCAGUCUUAUAUUCCAGCGUGACAGUUGUGUUUGCAAUGGCCGUUUUAUCCAAAUUUUUGACACACGAGUUCAGGUUUGGAUUCAGAUCAGUUUUGAGUUUGAUUGUUUUGUUUCUUGGAGAACCUCUAUGCCAGUUCUUUAUCAAAGGUCCAGGAGGUGUUUUGACAUUUGCUGUAUGUUGUCUACUGAUAUAUUCUGUGCUUCCCGCGAGCCAUUUGCCAGUGGGAAACAAGGCUGUUUUGAUAACAGGUUGUGAUAGUGGAUUUGGAAGUGCCCUUGUCAAAAAACUGGACAGUAUAGGAAUGCGAGUGUAUGCAACUUGUCUGAACUCAGAUGGACCAGGAGCUAUAGCUAUUCGUAACAACUGUUCAGAAAGGGUUUGUGUGCUACAGCUGGAUGUUACAAAUACUAAACAAGUGGAGGAGGUUGUUAACUUUAUACAGGUCCAUGAAGGAGAAGAUGGCCUAUGGGGACUGGUGAAUAAUGCUGGGGUAUGGUACUUCUCUGAGAUUGAAAUGACAUCAGAUGCUCUGUUUCACAAAAUCUUAGAUAUCAACUUGUUUGGCACGAUUCGUCUUACUAAAGCUCUCCUACCACUUAUACGCAAGUCCAAGGGAAGAAUUGUUAAUGUAUCUAGUCUUCUAGGGAGGAUAACAAUGGCUGGCAAUGGAGCAUACAGUGUUUCUAAACAUGGGCUUGUAGCCUUCACCGACACACUGCGACAAGAAAUGAAGAAAUGGGGUGUGCAUGUGGCUGUUAUUGAACCUACAGGCUUUUACACAGAGAAUAUGAAAGAACAUAAUAUAAAGAGCAGGAAAGAGGAGGUAUGGAAUUCUAUGGACGAGAGUGCCCGUCAUACCUAUGGUCAGCUGUAUCUCGACACUGUGUAUAACAGUAUUGUUGCAGGUGCCACACGCUAUCCUGAUGACCUUACGCCGGUCAUAAGGGCUAUGCGUAGUGGACUUCUGUCCAAACGUCCCCGUGCUCGCUACCCAUGCGGGACUGGUGCAGACUUACUGACAAUGGUGUACCCCUUGCUACCAGUUUGGGUCGCUGAUAAAGUGUCAUCUCUCAUUGGUAUCAUGCCUAUAGAUGCCCGCCCUGCCACUCUCAGCUGA